UGUGUGUGUGUAUAUCAACCGUGGACCACGAAUAAAACUGCUAACAAGUUUCCAAGCUUGAGCGCCUCGAGUCUGGACUUAAACGCCUUGUGUGCUGCUUUACAGUCGGCGACUGUGCUAUUUGUAACGCUGCUAAUUCACAGCAACGCUGAAUCUCAGCUAUACAACACGAAGACCUCCCCUGUUAGUGACAUGUCUGAGGGAGUAGUUGGGAGAGGAGAUUUUGGCUCCAUGGUCCUUCCAAGCCGACCUGAAGUGGCAGCAUGUCCUGACCAGGAUGAGUCCAUAAACAAAGCCUCAUGGGAGCCACCAGCUGGAAUAUAUGGCCAUGCUGUCUCUGGAAGUCAUGUUGAUUGUGAUGACAGCCCAGAACCUUAUCAGGCAAAGAAGAGGGUGAAGCUGUCCAAUAAUGCAACGGAUAAGAUGCGCCAACAUUGGUUCGAACAGCAAGAAGCCCAGCCUACACCGGGAAUGAGCAGAACAACUGAAGAGACCUCAGAUGAAGCAGCAUCUCUGCAAGAUGAAAUCAUACCCGUUUCCCUAAAGAAGGAUCCCUACGAGCAGGUGGAGUUGCGGCCAUUCUCCAGACCGGAGCUUGCCCUCACUCAGAGCUUCAGUCUGCUUAACUUGCGUGACUGGAAGAAUAAAAUCGAGGGGCUCAUGUUCCUGCGCUGUUUGGCACGGUAUCACUCCGACGUGCUUAAAAGCAGGCUUCAUGAAGUCUGCCUUGCUAUCACUCAAGAGGUUUGUAACUGGCACAACAGAGUGUCCUGCAUCGCCAUGGAGACUUUAGGAGAGCUGUACUCUAGCCUGCAGAAGGGAAUGGACCAGGAGCUGGAAGCAACAGCCAAAGUUCUGUUACACAAAACAGGACAUACCAAUGAGUUGAUUAGCCAGCCCGCAGAUGCCGUGCUGGGUGCCAUGGUGCAGAACUGCACACCUACACUCAGCAUGAACGCCCUGCUUGCUGGAGGACUUGGUCACGUGAAGGCAGCUGUAAGGACGUGCACUGCUCAGCACUUGACUACUCUGGUCGAGAAGAUCGGCACCGGGCGCUUAUUGUCUGACGUGAAAGAUCUCACGGACCGAAUCUUACUUGCUGUCUCCAAGCUGGUGCGAGACUCUUCACCUGAAACCAGAUCUCUUGGACAGCAAAUGCUGCUGUUCUUGUCUUCUCACGAAGACUUUGAUAAUAUGGUGGAAAAGUACAUCCCUCCCAACGACCUGGUAACCAUCAGGAACAUCAUUGUCACUCUGAAGAACAGGAAGCACUGCCUUAACCCUCUUGGGCAUGGAGUUCACCAGAGCUUUACAGGUUGCCACUGGAGUCCUCUUCCACUCCUCCAUGACGAGGUGCCAUGUUGAACUAGAGAUUCACGAGAUACACGAGAUACUGUACA